AUGGGAUCCACGCUUCAUAAUGCUGAGAGUAACACUUCAGAUGUAGGUCACUCGGCCCAAAAUGCAGAGGCUACUGCCACAGCGGUGACGCCAGUGGAAGAUGUGCGCGUUGCACUUCGUCUAGCUGCAUUGAACUCUCUGAAGUCACGAACGUUAUCUAAAAGGGUGCAACGCUCCUCUGAACCUAAAACCAUCUCUGGUAAUCUGUCACUUACGAACACAGAGACACAAAAUGUUCAGCCUGCCACGGUUGAAUCAAAUUCAAACUUCUCUCACAUUAAGCAUGACUCACAUUGCCCCUCCUUUUCAGAUGUUUUAUUUUCCAAAAAGCCUUCCAGACGUCCUAUUAUACCAAAGAGACCUGAUUAUACUGACGUAGAUGCACCAGAGAUUGACGGUGGCAACGAAUUGUCUUACACAUGCGAAGAGAACUUGCUACGUCAAGAUUCGCGAAAUUCACGCAAGCGGAUAUCAUAUGCUGAUGAGUUUAGCUCUCGCCCGGAGGCGCCGUCUGGUGAUGAUGGAGGUGCUUCUUGGCUCGACCGCAUUCAUGGUGCAUCUUCAACUACCGGAUACGGUGAUCAGUGGACUAAUAGUCGAAAGAUGUCUGAGCAAGAGCGGCAAUCCAUAACAGGAAAUUACUCACAACAUGUACGAGCUCCUUCUACACCGUUCUUUGAAUACAAACCACGGCAACCCAUGAUUAUUGAAUGGUCUGACGACGAAGACCAUGAUGCCAGCGAGGUUGACAAUGAAGCUAAAAUCCAUGCCUUUAAUGACGUCCGUUUGUCUCGUGAAAAUCUCGACAUUAUCGGUUUUGUUAAUGCUUCAGCAACCCCUUGCUUGACCAAAGGAAAGCAUUCGAACAAAAAGAAAACUUUGUCAUCACUAUCUGAGAAAGAACGAGAAAUUCAAGCAAUGCUUUGCAAAAUCAAGGCUCUUGAAAAAAAGAAGCAACUUCAGGGUCUUAACAAAGAACAAAUCGAUACCUGUACAGAACUAAAAAGCACGCUAGGAAAACGCAAGGCCAAGGAUGCGGAAUCAGAUGACCAAGUUCAUACUGAUGUUCAUGCGAAUUUGGAACAGUCAACCAAGGUGUGUUUUUGGAAUGAACUGGAGAGUAACAUGGUAAAGCGGGCUCGCAUGAAUUACAGGUCUUCAUUAGCGUGGCUUAAAGAAGGCUUUACUAACGUAUGUCGUGUUUUUUUUUUUUUUUUUUUGAAUACUCAUUAG